UUGUUUCAACAACUUGAAUUGAAUGUUGAAUGAACCAAAACCAACGUUAUCUCGUGUUUGUUAGUAUUUUCAGUCACGCUCUCUCUGUUUUCUUGUUUCAAUUCACAUUGUUUGGUCUUUGUUUGUUAUUGUUAGUUUGUUACUGUACCGUACAAAACAGAAACCUCAACAACAAAACAAAAUUAAAUUAAAAUCAUCCAUCAUUCAUUCCAGUUGGACUUCCACAUCACCGUUUUUUCACUCCUCUCUUUCCGCCAUCGAUACAUACAGUUAUCAGAACUUGAUCUGAUUAGAAGUAUUUUCAGCUGGUGGCACUGAAAGGGCAGUUAUUCUGUGGUUAGCUGCAUGGGAAUUGGAGAAGAAAGCAUGGAUAAACCUUCCAAACCAUCUUCAACUUCUUCGACUCAGAUAUCUCCGACGCCUUCAUAUCCAGACUGGUCCAGCUCCAUGCAGGCUUAUUAUGCUCCUGGAGUCACUCCACCUCCUUUUUAUGCCUCAACUGUUGCUUCCCCAGCUAUCCAUCCCUAUAUAUGGGGAGGCCAGCAUCCCCUGAUUCCACCAUAUGGUACUCCUGUUCCUUAUCCAGCUAUGUAUCCUCCUGGGGCUGUCUAUGCUCAUCCUAGCAUGACAACGACUCUAAGCACUCCACAGAAUGUUAUGGAAGGCAAGAGACCUGAUAGAAAAGAUCAGGCUUCUGCGAAAAGUUCAAAGAAAAUGUCUGCGAAUACUGGUUCCAAAGCAAGAGACAAUGGAAAAGCAAGCUCAGGGUCAGGAAAUGAUGGCAUCUCACAAAGUGCUGAAAGUGGUUCGGAGGGAUCAUCAGAUGCUAGUGAUGAGCAAACUAACCAACAGGAAUCGGCUACAAACAAGAAAGGUAGCUUCAACCAAAUGCUUGUUGAAGGAGCCAGCGCACAGAACAAUUCUGUCUCUGUUGGGGUCAUUUCUCAAUCAGCUGUACCAGGAAAGCCUGUUGCAUCAAUGUCUGCAACUAAUCUUAAUACUGGAGUGGAGUUUUGGAAUGCAUCGGUAGAUGCUACUCCUCCAACCAUAAUGGGACCUGAUGCCACACUUGGUGAACCAUGGAGACAAGACGAGCGUGAGGUGAAAAGACAGAAGAGGAAACUGUCUAAUAGAGAGUCAGCUAGGAGGUCAAGACUACGCAAGCAGGCUGAGUGUGAAGAAUUACAAAAGAGGGUAGAGUCGCUGGGGAAUGAGAAUCAAACUUUGAGAGAAGAGCUUCAGAGAGUAUCUGAAGAGUGCAUGAAGCUUACAUCUGAAAAUAACUCUAUCAAGGUAAACUGCCCGUUUUUCCUCCACAGGAAGAGUUGAAUCUGUUGUGUGGACCUGAAGCAGUUGCUAACCUUGAAUAAAUCACCUUUCUAUCACUAUGCUAACGGCAACUGCUGAAAUUGAUGAAACUGAUCAAGGAUCGAGUUGACAGCUGCGAUUUUAUCAAUUGCCUAAUAGAGAAUAGGAUUUUUUUAAUUACUAAUUGAUAGCAUUAACCCAUCAAUUGUAAUUCCGCCCAUGUUUAAAUUGACAAUUUUAGGCUAAUGUUUUAACAUCACACUUCUGCUCAGAAUUUAUUUGCAAUUGAUGUUAAGAUGCUGCAACUUUCAAACUCCCUGUAAGCUGGAACCGCGAUUUUAUUUUACUGUAUUAACAUGUGAGCUCAUUGAAGGCACAA